AAGGGCUAAUGAUGGCGUUCUGUUGAGAGAUAACAUGAGCGGACGCGGCAAAGGAGGAAAAGGUCUUGGGAAGGGUGGCGCAAAGCGUCAUCGCAAAGUCCUUCGCGAUAACAUCCAGGGAAUCACCAAGCCUGCAAUCAGGCGUCUGGCUCGCCGUGGUGGUGUGAAGCGUAUCUCUGGCCUCAUCUACGAGGAGACCCGUGGUGUGCUGAAGGUGUUCCUUGAGAACGUGAUCCGUGAUGCCGUCACCUACACCGAGCAUGCCAAGAGGAAGACUGUCACAGCCAUGGACGUCGUCUAUGCUCUGAAACGCCAGGGACGUACUCUGUACGGUUUCGGAGGUUAGAUAUCGAUUAACCCAACAAAACCCAAAGGCUCUUUUAAGAGCCAC